GUUGAGACAAUGGCGCCAAAUUGUCCUGUUUUUAUAUGCUGUUUGAGCUCACAGAGCGGCGAACGUUGGCAACCCUACAGUUCAGUCAUCCUUUCAUUCCAAUUUCAGUCCUUGCUUCAAUUCUUUGCAUUGUUUGUGUGUAACCAUGUAUCAAGGAAAGCAGUGCAGCCCCAAGACUCUACAAGAAAUCGAAGUCCAUCUUGAGAACGAGUUGUCAGAAUGUGAAGUGGCAGGAGCUGUAGGAGUCUCUCGUGGAGUGAUUCAGAAUGUCAUCAGACGGCUUCAAAACGGCGGCGGCGACUACAAAAGAAGACCAGGCCGAGAUCGCCAAGUCACUCUGCGAGAACUUCAAGCAGACUUGACUGUCGUGACUGGCCAGCCUGUGUCACAUUCUCUCAUUAGUAGAUGCCUGUCAGAGAAAGGUCUCAAUGCUCGACGACCUCAUAAAAAUCAACACUGAGUUUUCGACGAGAGAGUGGUUUUGUGCUAAUGACGUCACCGUUCUUGAGUGGCCAUCUCGCUCUCCAGACGCCAAUCCAAUAGAACAUCUGUAGCUCUGGGUGAAAGUGAGGGUAAAUCGUCUGCACCCUCGAACAGCAGCCGAUCUCUGGGCGGCAGUGCAGACAGCAUGGGCGACAAUUCCUUUUGAUCUUGUACAGAAUUUAGUUGACAGUCUUCCGCGUCGCGUAGAAGCGAUAUGCAGAGCUAACAGCGGUUGGACGAAAUGCUAGAUAGUAGUGUGUGAAUAUUAACGAGUUCUUGCUUAUAAACCAAUUACACUAUA